AUGAGUUACGCGUCAUUCGACAAUGCCACGGGCGAAUCAAACGUUACCAAUGAAGCAGACUUUCAAAAAACGGCCCAAAUUAUUGUGGCCAGUAUCCAAAAGAUUCUUCAGAAUGUAUCCUCGAUGCAGCGUAUGGUUAAUCAAUUUGGAACGGCGCAAGAUUCUCCAGAGCUAAAACAACAGCUCCAUCAAAUUCGUUCGUACACACAACAGCUGAUAUCUGACACGACAAAUCAAUUGAAAGAUCUCGUCAACUGCAAAGAACGACAUUUGAAGAUUCAACGCGACCGGCUGGUGGACGAAUUUUCAGCUGCCCUCAACGCUUUCCAGGCCGUGCAGCGUAAAACGGUCGAUCUGGAGAAAAAUGCCGUCCGACAAGCGAGACAAGCAAGUGGUGCCGGACUGGCGCUUCACAAACCUCCCAGCUCUCACCAUUCGAGCAUGGGCUCGAGCUACAACAACACGGCAAACAGCGGUAGCUCAAUGUUUGAAGACAACUUCAUUACAGGUUCCCGCGGUCAAACACAGCAACAGCUACAAGAGGAAAUUGAUCUGCAGGCACUCGAGGAUCAAGAACAAACUAUUCGGGAACUGGAGGAAAAUAUUGUUAGUGUGAAUGAAAUAUACAAGAAGCUUGGUGCUCUAGUGUACGAACAGAGCCAUCAGGUGGAUUCGAUCGAGGCUUCGGUAGAGCAGACAAGCGUUUUUGUGUCAGAAGGCGUGCAACAGCUUAAACAAGCAAGUCAUUAUCAGAACAAAGCGCGCAAGAAGAAGUUCAUCCUUGCAUUGAUAGCUGCUGCAAUAUUAGCAAUCAUUAUUCUCAUUAUUCUGUUACACCGUUGAAAGCGACAAGUGCGCGAUGUUACAGUAUAUGAGAAACAUGUUUCGAAAGCAGGAACGGACGUUACACAAUCCAAAGUUGAAUCAUGUGCUAGGCGUUUGUGUUAAAUUAUUUAAUCAUUUUCUUUCCAAAACAUUGCUUAGCAAUUUGAGUAAUAACGAAAAUUGCACCCACAAUCACACACUUGAGCCGCAUGUGCUUCUAUUGUCCAAUUGGUGAAUGUUUGUGGUAAGAAUCCAUUCCAUUCAAGAGAAGAACCGUUUAAAAAGACUAAGAAUGAAUACUAAAUUAAAAGAAAUCACCUGUGCACAGUCCUAUGAAGCGUUGCAAACACUGCAAUAUUUGAAUGAUAAUUAUUAUACUCUGUUAGUUUGAAUCAAGCAUGUAGAAAUGUGUUGAAACUUAUCAAAAUAUACGAAUAACCAACCCUCUGCUGCUGGCGGUGCCAGUGUUAAAUUAUUUAACUGCUUGCUUUGUAGCUAUUAUUUUACUUUUUAUUUCUGUAAUCUUGUAUUUUCAAAUUAGUUAUUAAAUUUACUUACACGUUCGCAACCUAUGAUUUUUAAAAGCCUUCGUCCACUUUCUUUGUGCUGUACGCUUAGC